CUGCACAAAGGUCUUAAGUUUGUUGCUCGCGCAGUGACCUGGAGGACGCCAUCCACUUGCUGCUCUAAAAUUAAACCACAGGUUCUGUUAUGGGGCGACUUGAUGGGAAGGUCAUCGUCCUGACAGCGGCUGCUCAGGGGAUCGGCCGGGCAGCUGCCUUAGCUUUUGCAAGAGAAGGUGCCAAAGUCAUAGCCACAGAUAUCAAUGAGUCCAAACUUCAGGAGCUGGAAAAAUACCCGGGUAUUCAAACCCGGGUUCUUGAUGUCACAAAGAAGAAACAAAUUGAUCAGUUCGCCAAUGACAUUGAGAGACUUGACGUUCUCUUUAAUGUUGCUGGCUUUGUCCAUCACGGGACCAUCCUGGACUGUGAGGAGAAGGAUUGGGACUUCUCAAUGAAUCUCAACGUCCGCAGCAUGUACCUGAUGAUCAAGGCGUUUCUUCCUAAAAUGCUUGCCCAGAAAUCUGGCAACAUUAUCAACAUGUCCUCUGUGGCUUCCAGCAUCAAAGGAGUUGUGAACAGGUGUGUGUACAGCACAACCAAGGCAGCCGUGAUUGGCCUCACGAAGUCUGUGGCCGCAGACUUCAUCCAGCAGGGUAUCCGCUGCAACUGUGUGUGUCCAGGAACAGUUGAUACCCCAUCUCUGCAAGAAAGAAUACAAGCCAGACCAAAUCCUGAAGAGGCACUGAGCGAUUUCCUGAAGAGACAGAAAACAGGAAGAUUUGCAACCGCAGAAGAAAUAGCCCUGCUCUGCGUGUACUUGGCCUCUGAUGAAGUAAGCUCUGUUCUUCCCAGUCUGCCUAUGUAACAGGCAAUCCUGUCAUCAUUGAUGGAGGCUGGAGCUUGUGACUGCAGGCUCUCCUUACUGGGAAGGCAGGCCCUUCCUGUCUGUCCACAGCGAAGAAAACUCACCCAGCCUCUCUUCCUAGUAAUGGCAUAUUCGUGAAAACAAAACCUUUUUGAUGAUGUCAUAUUCACAAGAGUGUGAUUCUUUAAAUAUAUUAAUUUCUUUCUAAUCUCUUCUGAAAUCAUAGGAGAUAGUGAGAUAAUGAGCUCGCUGCAAAAAGAAUAGUUUUAAAAAUAAACCUCAAUUUAUAAGCAAUAUAUAAUUAAAAUGUGACUAUGAAAAGAA